AUGCCUCCUCAGAUUUUGGAUUUUUGUUCCGUAUCGCCGUUGGCCCGCCGUUAUGCAUCGACAAAGAAGCUUUUCUUUGAUGAAGAAAUAACUACAGACGAAAUAGAAGUGGAGACAAUAUUCUCGAAAAACAUUGAAAUUGUUUCGACAGACGUCAUUGACGUUUCGCACAACCGAAAAAGACGCAGAACCGCUGAAUACACACCCAAGUCAUCCCAAAGUGCUGAUGUCAACAUAACCGAGGACUAUUCUUCUAUGAGUGAUGUCAUCCGGGCUGUAGAGCGGCUGUCGACGAAUUCUGAUCUCGUGGCCGACGGGUCACGUGAUAAUGCGUUGCCGAUAGUGGCUGGCAAACACAAAGAUCUCAAGGCCAUUACACCCCAAACGAUGUCUGCGGUUCUGAACGGCAUAUACAACCACCACAUAGAUCACGUGACUGUCAUAGACGCCAGGUACCCGUACGAGUUCGAGGGAGGCCAUAUUCGGGGAGCCAUUAAUCUCUACACGAAGGACGCCGUCCAGAACUUUCUCAACGAGACUGUGACGUCAUCAGAAAAUAAUCACGUGAUCAUUUUCCACUGCGAGUUCUCAUCAGAACGAGGCCCAAAGAUGUACCGCCAUCUUAGAUCAUUGGACCGUGACUUGAACAAGGAUUCUUACCCACGGCUGAACUUUCCAGAGGUUUACCUCUUGGAAGGCGGAUACAAGGCGUUUUACCAACAAAACCAGAACCAGUGCUUCCCCCAGAGAUAUGUUCCCAUGUUGCAUCAAGAGCACAAAAAUGACUUACGACACUUCCGGGUCAAAUCGAAGUCCUGGGCAGCAGGCGACAAACCGCGUCACAGGUCACGUUUGGGACAAACCGGGGGUACCGUCAGACUGGCAUUCUGA